AUGGCAGGACAGACGAGCACGAAUCCAUGGGAGAAGAAAAGGUUUCAACUGUGGAGCAUUAAAAAGGAAUCACCGACCACAACUCGAAUUCUGCAAUAUGGGAAAGGUAACGAUAAUAAAAUAAUGAUUAGAGUGGUUCAUGGAGGAAAUUUUACCGUUUUUCCAGAGCACAAUUCUAAAAAUGUGCCAAUGAAUUUCCCUCACUACUUGAUGAACUCACCAUCGAAGAGGAUAGAAAAUGUUAUCCAUCUCUUGGUUAUAGAACACCCAAGAGCAACAGUUGAUGAUGAAAUUGCAUACAUCAAGCAAAUGCUGAACAUGACAAUUCCAAGAGAAAAUAUUGAAGAUGUGAUGGACAUGGCUAAAGAGAAUGUCGUUUCAUGGAAAAUGUUGUAG